AUGGCCCCCAAGGAAGCUCCCGCUGCUGCUCCCGCCGGCAAGAAGCCCGCCGGAAAGGCCCCCGCCAAGACCGCUGACAAGAAGGCCGGCGCUGCCGCCAAGGGCGGUGUUCGCAAGAUCACCCGCAAGGAGACCUACUCGACCUACAUCUACAAGGUCCUCAAGCAGGUCCACCCCGACACCGGCAUCUCCAACAAGGCCAUGUCCAUCAUGAACUCGUUCGUCCACGACAUCUUUGAGCGCAUCGCUGCCGAGUCCUCCAAGCUCGCCUCGUACAACAAGCGCUCGACCAUCUCCUCGCGCGAGAUCCAGACCGCCGUCCGCCUGAUCCUCCCCGGCGAGCUCGCCAAGCACGCCGUCUCUGAGGGCACCAAGGCCGUCACCAAGUACCAGUCCUCCAAGUAA